UUUUUUUCCUUCAAAUUUUUGGGAAAGAAAAGGCCACAAUUCGGAAUCUGAGCCAAUGGUCUAUUCAAGUCCUCACCUCCUACAGUGCUCGAGCGGAGUCCGAUGUGGCUGCCAUCGUGCUAGGUCCCAAUCAUGAGUAGUACGAGAACGCUUAUAGUUAGUACUGUAUAGUACAUGUGCGGGCAGGAACUCAACACACGCAGCGUUUGAUCGUUAUUAGACUACAAUAGCAGUGAGCGGUCCGUGCUUGUGGUUACUGUGCAAGAGAGAACCGCAACUGUGAUACGAGUACCGUACCGGUAUUUCCACAUUCUCACUUUGAAUUAAGAGCCAGUCCAGCUAAGUUAGAAACUGACUGACUGGGGGAAGGUCAACGUGGCUGGUCACUUCUUGGUUGGGCCUGCAACAACAACCACGAACCCCGCCUCUUCUUCCUCCGCCUCUUUCUUAUCCAACCCCCCCCCCCGUUCCUCACUUCUUCCCACCAUCAACUACCUCUCCCUAUCAACUCAAAAGACCAUCUUUGGGACAUUAUUCCUCUUAAAUCUUGAAUCGAAUCAUGGGUGACUUUAACGAAGAAUACGACGUUGUCAUCGUCGGCACUGGUUUGACCGAAUGCAUUCUCUCUGGUGUUUUCGGAGCCGAAGGAAAGAAGGUCCUCAACAUUGACCAGAACUCCUACUAUGGAAGGCGAAGUGCUAGCUUGAAUGUGAUGGAGAUGUGGAAGAAGUUCAGGUGGUCUGAUGAGCAGCGGAGGGUAGAGGCCGAGAGAACAAAGGCUGAAGAGGAGGGAAAGCCAGUCGGUGCCAGUGCUACCCCCACCGGCCCAGAACCUCCUGCCGCUUUCGGAAAGAAGCCGAGUGAAUGGAACCAGUGGCACAUCUCCUUGGUACCAAAGUUUUUGAUGGCCGACGGCGAAUUAACCAACAUCCUCCACAAGACUGGCGUUACCCGUUACAUUGACCUUCUUCAGGUCGGAGGGAGCUACGUCGUGAAGGGAGGCUUGCCUUACAGGGUCCCUUCCACUAGAAUGGAGGCCAUGACGUCGUCUUUGGUCUCCAGCUUUCAGAAGUAUUAUAUGCAAAAUUUCCUACAGUUCAUUGCCAAUUACAAGGAGGAUGACAAAUCGACUCACAAGAAAGGCCUCAAUCUUGACCAAAACACUAUGAGAGAGGCGUACAAGCUCUUUAGUCUUGAUGCAUGGACCUCAGGGUUCAUUGGUCACGCUAUGGCUUUAUAUGUCGAUGAUUCUUACCUCGACAGACCGGCUAGGGAGCCCAUUGAACGUAUCAUCCUCUACGUUAGAUCCAUGGCUCGUUUCGGAAAAUCCCCCUACAUCUUUCCGCUUCACGGAUUGGGCGAGCUCCCGGAGAGAUUCUCUUUCUUGUCUGCCGUUUAUGGUGGAACGUAUGCUCUGAACACUCCCCUGCAGGAGAUUCUAUUCGAUGAUUCCGGCGUCGUUUGUGGAGUCAGGUUCCCUCACCCCAACACCAAGGAGGAGGUGACCGUCAAGACCAAGAAAGUUAUUGCCGACCCCAGCUAUUUCCUUGGGCAGGACAAAAGAAUUCGUCAAGUUGGAAAGUUGAUUCGUGCCAUCUGCAUCCUCACUCACCCUAUUGAGGGUACCGAGAAUGCCGACUCGGCACAAAUCAUUAUCCCUGCGAGCAUAACCAAAAGGAGGAACGAUAUCUACAUCUCAUUGGUUUCCUCUGCAUUCAAUGUCUGCCCCAAGGGAUUCUAUCUUGCCAGUGUCUCAACCAUCCUCGAGGACCCAGAUUCCGGGAACCCUCAUGCGGAACUCGAGCCUGGAUUUGAUCGUCUGGGACUGGGCUCUGGCCGCCUGGGCAGGGAUGAGGAGAAGUUCAUCCAAGUUGUUGAUCUCUUUGAGCCUGUUGAGGACGGCACCAAGGACCACGUAUACAUCUCCAAGAGCUAUGAUGCUUCUACACAUUUCGAGACCUGCACCGAUGAUGUCAAGGAUAUCUACAAACGUGUUGAGGGCAAGGACCUUGUUAUCGAGCAGAGGAAGGAUGAGCAGCAAGAGCAGGCGGACGAGUCUUAAGAAUUCUUGUGAAUUUUUUAUGGAGUACAUGAGUCUUUUCAUCUUUUGCACGUUUUUCCAUGUUGCCUAGUGAGUUGAUGCUGCGUGACAUUUGACAGCACGAUGUGUCUUUCUUGAAUCCAUACGAUAUAAUAUAAGUGUUUUAAA